AUGCCACUUAAAAAAUACCAAGAAGAAUUCAUCGAAUAUGCAAUAUCUCAAAAUAUUUUAAAUUUUGGUAAUUUUAAGCUAAAAUCCGGAAGAAUAAGUCCAUAUUUUUUUAAUGCUGGAAAUUUCGGUACUGGCAAAUCUUUAUCGAAAAUAGGCACUGUUUACGCUUCUACUAUACAGGAUCAAAAAGAUCUAGAUUAUGAUGGAAUAUUUGGUCCAGCUUAUAAAGCCAUACCAUUGGUUUCAUCGACAGCCAUUGCGCUAUCAACCAAUUAUAACAAAGAUGUGCCUUAUUCGUUUAAUAGAAAAGAAAUCAAGGAUCAUGGAGAAGAAUAA